AUGUUCAGUAAAGGUCAUUUAGAUCCGAUCUGCCUGGUCAGACGCUACCUGCAAAGUCGUUCUGCCGAGUACAUCACUAAAAGUGUUAUCUGUAACGGAAGCAUGAGUCCGAAAAUUCGCGACCAUAUGAGACUCUUCUUAUUGAGCGUCCUAAAUGAGGACCCCGGGCUAUUAUCUUUAUGCACACUGAACGAACUGAUAUCUGUUUUUGUACAAGAAAUGAACAUUAGUCUGGAUGAGAAAGCGUGUGUAAAAUUAAAAAAUGCUAUAUGCUCUUUCUUUUGUGAUUUAAUAAAUGAAGAGGGAACUAUAAGUGUUUUGGAUCUUGAGAAUCAAAACUGUGUGCCAGUUAAAUGUGCUCCUGCUGUAUCAGACAAUGGAAAACAUGUUGUAAUGCUUUCUCGUGAAGAAGUAAUCAAACUAGCGGCUGCUACAGUUUCUGAUAAAACAAAUCCUGUAGUUUCAUUGUCGAAAGAUGGAGAAAGUAUCAGCCAGCGAAUCAAACAGCUACGUCAAACUCCGCUUCUUGCUAGUAGAUCAAUUGUACGAGCGUGUACCAAUAACGAAGUGAAUAGUAGUUCUGAUACAUCAAUCUUACAGACAGCUUCAUUAAAAAAUAUUCAAAUUAUUCAUACAAUUCCUCCUCAAUCAGAGUCGAAUCGGCGGACAGAAUCUGUUAGAAGUUCAACAGCAGCUAAAAUAACAACCAAUAAUAAUAAUAAUAAUAAUAACAACAAUAGUAUGAAUUCAACUAAGACAUUUAGUUCGCCUAUUUUGUCUUCAUUUUUAUCUCAGUCUUCAUUAAAUGAUCGUCAACGGCAUACAUCGGCUCCAUCAUCUUCAUCUUUAUCACUAAACUCUGGUUCGCGUCAGACUACUAUUGAUAAUCAUUUUAAACCACAAAACAAAACUCAGGCUAACAAUAACUUUGAUAAAGAUAGCAACAACAGUAUUAUUAAAAGCAGUAACAUUUCCAAUUCAAAAAUGAGCCUAAUUGUUAAACGUCAAUUAAGUGAAGCUGUAGUACCACUUCGACCUUCUACAAAUGGGCUAUACGGGGAUAUAUAUGAAUAG